GGGUCCUCGAGCAGGAGCGGGUCGUUCAAGCGGCCGGGUCUCGACGGGAGCACGUCUUCGACACCGUCGCCCGCGCCUGACGCAAAUCGAAAGAAGUUCGAUUCACUCCGCCUGCCCUCGCAGGGCGGCGUCGGCUCAAAGCUCGCUCAGGUGCACACGCCGGUCCCGUCGGUGAUGACGCCGACGGGCGUCAUGGCGCAGCGGACGAAGAAGCGGGCGAUGUCACCGUCCUCGCUCAACAAACUCCAGGCGAAGGUCCUCCGUGCGAAGCUGAUGAGCGACCCGAAUGCCGAGGUGCUGGAGAAGGAGUACGAGGAGGAGCUGAAGCGGACGAACGAUCCCAGUGCUGAUGAGGGCGAGACGCAGGUCGAGCUGUUGCCCACGCUGGACGUGCACGGGAACUUGUACGAUGUUGAGCAACGCGACCCGAAGACUGGCGAGAUCAUUCGCAUCAACGCCGACGAUGACGACAUCACACUCGGCGAGAUGCUGCGACAGGAGCGGUUCAAGUCUGGGGCUGCUGACCAGAAGAAUCUGGACGAAGAGUUCGCACGAGCAAUUGCUACUGAUAGCGGCUUCGUUGCAAACUUAGACUACAUGGAUGACAAUGCGGAGAAGCUCGGUCGUAAGAAAAUGCGUUCGGAUGCCAUGAAGAGGCAGUUCGCCAUCAAUGAUUACAAAAAGACACAGCAGGUCCUUGCCACGUGUCCAUUCUGCUACGGAGAAGACGACUCGCCACCUAAAGCACCAGUCGUCGCCAUGGGUACCCGUGCCUACCUGUCGUGCUUGCUGAACGAGGAACUUGUCGAGGGCCAUUGUCUAAUCGUUCCCAUACAACAUCAUCUGACUUCACUCGAGGCCGAUGACGACGUUUGGGAUGAGAUUAAGAACUUUAUGAAGUCCCUCAUGAAGAUGCAUGCGGAGCAGGACAAGGGCGUAGUCUUCUAUGAAACAGUCAUCAGUCUCAAGCACCAGAAGCAUACAUACAUAGAAUGUGUCCCGCUUCCCUGGGAACAAUUCGACCAAAUCCCAGGCUACUUCAAGGAAUCGAUCCUCAUGUCCGAAGUAGAAUGGUCGCAGAACAAGAAGCUGAUUGACUUCAGCCAGCGCCGUGGGGGCUUCAGGCGGUCGAUGGUGCCCAACCUGCCCUACUUCAUGGUCCAAUUUGACUACAAAGGCGAAAAAGGAUAUGGACAUGUCAUCGAGGGCACUGGCGAGGCGGCCGAUGCGGGCGAUGAAGACGGGGCGAUAGACGAGGGUGGCAAAGGCAGCGGUGAAUUCCCGCGGUACUUCGCGACAGAGAUCAUCGGUAACGUCCUCGACCUCGAGCCGAGGAAGUGGAGACAUCCGCGGCGGGUCGACUUCACAUUCAACAAGAAUAGGGUCGCGAAGUUCCGGAAGCAGUACGACAAGUAUGACUGGACGGUGAUGAUCGCGAAGCAGCCGGAGGUAGCAUCGUAG